AUUUGCAUCUAAAGGACAUUUUGAUCUUGAUAUUUAUGGAGCUUCAGAUGACAAGUUUUCCAGAUAUGUUACUUCAAUAGCUACAAAUGAAGCUGAAGAAGAUGAUGAGGAUGAAUAUGUGCCAGCAGCUGCAGCUCAGCAGAGAAGUACAUUCACUGCUCCAAUGGCAGUUCUAAAUGAGCUGCCACCUGGGGGAGAGGACCGAGAUCCAUUUGCCGACACACGAGCUCGCCGUAUUGCUGAUCGAGAAAAUGAAUACCAGUCACGCCGCCGCCUUGCUAUUAUUUCACCAGCCAGGGCAGAUCCAUUUGCAGAUGGGGGAAAGACGCCUGAUCCAAGUGUCAGGACAUAUGCUGAUGUUAUGAUUGAACAAAACUUACGGAAAGAAGAGGCUGAUGUAAGAAAGAGUAUUCAGGAGAAGAAAAAGGCUAAUGAAUUGUCCACCAGUAGUCAGAAGGCAAAACCUGCAAAACGCAACCGGUGGGACAAGAUGGAGGAAGAGCCACCGAAAAAGAAGUCAGCAUGGGAUCAGGCAGAUAUUUCUACUCCUUCUGCUGGCCACUGGGGAGAAACUCCUGCCAGAUCUAAGGCAGAACAAGGAGAAGCAACUCCAAAGAUAUGGGAGGCUACACCAACGCAUACAACUCCUCGUCGUAAUCGAUGGGACGAAACUCCGAAGGUAGAACGUGAAGAGACAAGUGGUUGGGCUGAGACUCCACGUGCAGACACAGACGUUAGUGCCACUCCUGGAAGCAGAAGACGUUCUCGAUGGGAUGAGACACCACAGGGACAGCUAGGAGCAGCUACACCUAGCACACCUUCAUUUGGAGGUGCCACGCCUUUAUCUACAGGACCUACACCUGCUGGAGCUAUGGCAAUGCAGAUGGCUACACCAACACCUGGUCAUCUUGGAACAAUGACACCCGAGCAGCUGCAAGCAUAUAGAUGGGAACAAGAAAUUGAUUAUAGAAAUAGACCAUUGUCUGAUGAAGAGCUAGACACAAUGCUACCUACAGAAGGUUACAAGGUAUUGGACCCUCCAGCCAACUACCAUCCUAUUCGCACUCCAGCAAGGAAGCUAACAGCUACUCCAACGCCAGUUGGCAUGACUGGUUUCACCAUCCAGGCAGAUGAUCGCUCUGUUAAACAAAUGGAUGAUCAAGCAGGUGGAGGUCUUCCUUUUAUAAAACCAGAAGAUGCUCAGUAUUUUGACAAGCUGUUGGUUGAUAUUGAUGAGACAAAGCUUGGUGCAGAGGAACUAAAAGAGAGGAAGAUCAUGAAACUUUUACUGAAAAUCAAGAAUGGCACUCCACCAAUGAGAAAAAGUGCAUUGAGGCAAAUCACAGACAAAGCAAGAGAAUUUGGAGCUGGGCCAUUGUUUAAUCAAAUAUUGCCUCUACUGAUGUCACCUACAUUAGAAGAUCAGGAACGUCAUUUGUUGGUUAAAGUUAUCGAUCGAAUUCUUUACAAAUUGGAUGAUCUCGUUCGUCCAUUUGUGCACAAGAUUCUUGUCGUCAUUGAACCUCUUUUGAUUGAUGAGGACUAUUACGCUCGUGUGGAAGGUCGUGAAAUUAUUUCUAACUUGGCAAAGGCUGCUGGUUUGGCUACUAUGAUCUCUACUAUGAGACCUGACAUUGAUAAUAUUGAUGAGUAUGUCAGAAACACAACUGCUAGGGCUUUUGCUGUUGUUUCUUCUGCUCUUGGUAUCCCAUCUCUACUUCCCUUUUUGAAGGCUGUAUGCCGAAGCAAGAAGUCUUGGCAAGCUCGCCACACUGGAAUCAAAAUUGUGCAGCAGAUUUCUAUUCUAAUGGGCUGUGCUGUACUUCCACAUCUUAAGAGUCUUGUGGAAAUCAUUGAACAUGGUCUUAUUGACGAACAACAGAAGGUUCGUACAAUCACUGCUCUUGCCCUUGCAGCCCUUGCUGAGGCAGCCACACCAUAUGGUAUUGAAGCAUUUGAUAGUGUUCUCAAGCCUCUUUGGAAAGGUAUCAGAAAUCAUCGAGGAAAGGGUUUGGCUGCAUUUUUGAAAGCUAUUGGUUAUCUAAUACCACUCAUGGAUGCUGAGUAUGCCAACUACUACACAAGGGAAGUGAUGAUCAUUCUCAUUAGAGAAUUUCAGAGCCCUGAUGAGGAAAUGAAGAAAAUUGUGUUGAAAGUUGUGAAACAGUGUUGUGCAACAGAUGGAGUGGAACCCGCUUACAUUAGAAGUGAGAUAUUACCAGAGUUUUUCAAGCAUUUUUGGAACCAUCGCAUGGCAAUGGAUAGACGAAACUAUAGACAGCUUGUUGACACAACAGUUGAAAUUGCUGGCAAAGUUGGUGCUGCUGACAUUGUCAGUCGUGUGGUAGACGAUCUCAAGGAUGAAUCAGAGCAGUACAGAAAGAUGGUAAUGGAGACCAUAGAGAAGAUUCUUGGGACAUUAGGAGCAGCAGAGAUUGACUCUCGUCUCGAAGAGCAACUCAUUGAUGGCAUUUUAUAUGCUUUUCAGGAACAGACAACUGAGGACAUUGUUAUGUUGAAUGGAUUUGGUGUGGUUGUCAAUGCUCUGGGUGGUCGUGUCAAACCGUACCUGCCACAGAUUUGUGGAACAAUUUUGUGGAGGCUCAAUAACAAAGCCGCAAAAGUUCGGCAACAAGCAGCUGAUUUGAUCUCACGUAUUGCCCAAGUGAUGAUGACAUGUGGAGAAGAAAAGCUCCUUGGCCAUUUGGGUGUAGUACUGUAUGAAUAUCUGGGAGAAGAAUACCCAGAAGUGCUGGGCAGUAUUCUUGGAGCUCUGAAGGCCAUUGUGAAUGUAAUUGGAAUGACUAAGAUGACUCCUCCGAUCAAAGACCUAUUGCCACGACUAACUCCUAUUUUAAAGAAUCGCCACGAGAAAGUUCAAGAAAAUUGCAUUGAUUUAGUUGGUCGAAUUGCUGAUCGAGGUUCAGAGUUCGUGUCAGCACGUGAGUGGAUGAGGAUUUGUUUUGAGCUGCUAGAACUGCUAAAAGCCCAUAAGAAAGCAAUUCGUCGUGCUGCUGUUAACACGUUUGGUUACAUUGCUAAAGCAAUUGGUCCCCAGGAUGUGUUAGCUGUAUUACUCAACAAUCUCAAAGUCCAAGAGCGUCAGAAUCGUGUUUGUACUACCGUCGCUAUAGCUAUUGUUGCCGAGACAUGUGCUCCAUUCACUGUACUUCCUGCAUUAAUGAAUGAGUACAGAGUACCUGAAUUGAAUGUACAGAAUGGAGUGCUCAAGUCACUUUCAUUCAUGUUUGAAUAUAUUGGAGAGAUGGGAAAAGACUAUGUAUAUGCUGUUACACCAUUGCUUGAGGAUGCACUGAUGGACAGAGAUCUUGUUCAUCGGCAGACUGCAUGCUGGGCAGUAAAGCACAUGGCUUUGGGGGUUUAUGGGUUUGGUUGUGAAGAUGCUCUUCAACAUCUUAUCAACUUUGUUUGGCCCAACAUUUUUGAAACAUCUCCUCAUCUUGUCCAAUCUUUCAAUGAUGCCGCUGAUGGUUUUCGUGUUUCACUUGGAGCAUGCAAGGUCUUACAGUACACUUUGCAGGGCUUGUUCCAUCCAGCCAGGAAGGUGAGAGAUGUCUACUGGAAGGUUUACAAUGGUCUGUACAUAGGAUCACAGGAUGCACUUGUAGCACAUUAUCCUCGUUCCAAUAUCUCUGGAGUGAACUGCUUUGAACGCUAUGAACUUGACUAUUUUCUUUAAGUGUGGUGUACUUCAUUGACACAGUGACAUAGCACUGUAGUGUGAUAUCUGUUUUUUCCGUUAGUGCUGAAGAGUCAGUCAAGUAGUUGUGGUAUUAUGUCAUUUGCAACUUCCAGUAUGUGCAUGCAGACGUUAAGACUACCGAGAUUAAUGAUUUGAAUGUGUUGCAUUUGUGUACUACAUAUAUAGUAAACUAUUGACAGUCUGUGAGGUGCAGAAGUUUGAA